AUUUCUCUUUUGUUCGUCAAAUAUAUCUAGAGCUUUUCCAUCCGUAUCGAUAGUCCAUUACUGUUAGACAUCAAAGCUCGACAAUGAAAAGCCAGUUCUGCUACUUCCACAACCGUUGGAACCAUUUGAAAGGUCAUUUAUUAAGUUUUUCAGAGGUAAUUCGAAACGUCACUUUACGAUCAAUCAUCGAAGGCCGGUGUCUGCGACAAUUGAUAAUUGUAUAUGAUUGUCUGUUUCAAAGUUUUAGAAAAUGGAGACUGAGCGUUCAAACCUCUUGUCUAUCGUCAAACUUGUUGUACGCGAUCUAAUUCAGCUUACAUUCGAUCAACAGCAGGUUUUUCUUGAUGAAAACAUCUUCUGGGGUGAAUCUAGAACUGUUCAUGGUGAAGAUGUUUCAAAUAUUGUCUGGCGGUUGCUUUCUGUUGUUGAACACUGUCUCUGUCAUGGUUUACGUCGAGAAUACACAACGCCUGAUUCUUUUAAUGACGUCAAUCAAAGAACUUCAUCAAAAGAAUUAAUGAGGAGUGCGACAACUGUCAUCCGAAGAGCAUGUGACCAUGCCGUUUCCACUGCAAAUAUUUUUAUGAAAAACUCGUCACAUCCAAAUCCUUGGCCCGUUUUAUUAGAAGCAGAAAAAUUGUCAAAGACCACAGAUUCUAUAAGUAAAACUAUCGCCACAAUGACUGAAAUACGAACUGGACUAGGUCGCUCUCGCGUUUGGUUAAGGCAGGCUUUAAUGAGGAAGGUAGUUCCUGCGUUUUUUGGUGUUUUAAAUGUAAUUUGUCAAAUCGGAUUUGCUUUAUCCGAAUUUAUUUUAUACAAUAAUCUUAUUCUAAAAGAGUAAACAGCCAAUCAGUCAGCUACAACGUAGGA